AUGAAGACUACGACUGCUUCCACUUUGGUCGUUGCCGCCCUGGCCGGCCUCGCUUCUGCCCAGCAGCUACCCAAGUUUGGCCUUCCAAACUGUGCCUCGUGCAUCAGCAAUAUGCUAGCGCUCCACAUGCACCUCGGUUGCCAACAGCCCGACGACAUCUACUGCCUGUGCUCCAAACCCGAUUUCAACUAUGGCAUCCAUGAUUGUGCAGUUGAGUCCUGCGAAAACAUCGAACAGGCCGAGUGGGUUAUCUCUGAGGGCCAAGAUAUUUGCGGCAGAGCCCGCCCCGUUGCUACCACUGCAAGCAAGACUCUCGAGGGCGUCGAGGUCAUCUUCACCAGCUCGGGCAGGAUCCUCGAGACCAGCACCGCCGUGAUCGGCACCGUCACUCCGACUCCGUCGUCGUCAUCCGGUGUUGUCACGGGCAAGGUCAAUCCUGUCACUUCGUCUCUGGCGUCGCUGUCGACCUUGUUGGAAUCGUUAGCUUCCACUUCUGCCUCCAUGGAGGGAAAGCAACAGGAGCCAAGUGCCACCGUCACCGAGGUCUCUGGGACUCCUGUGGGCACCGCGACUGGGACUGUCACAAGCUCGUCCCAGAGUGCGGCCGGUGCCGCUAUCACUGCUGGCCUGAGCCUGGGUCUUGUUGGCGGACUUGCGGGAUUCCUCCUCUAGAUGGGGUUAACCAGGGACCGAGCUUCUUUUGUUGGAGAAAUAACAGACCGUGGGGGAUUAGAACCAAGAAAAUUCCAUGAUUCUCUGCUAUCCAACAUGGAGUUUCGGCGUUUGGGAAGGUUUGUAUUAUAUCUUGGGU